GCGGAAAUGACGCAUUACAUUAUUUCCGGAUACUUUUGUGUUCCGCUUCCUCUCGCGUCACAUGGCGGGGGAAACCGUAACAAGGUCACCCUCCUUUUCUUAAAGGGGUCAUGUCGCUGUUGGCGCUGUUUCGAUUCCUGCCGCGCGGAAGGUGGAGGGUCCCGCCGCUUCUAACGGCCGCCCAGCGAGACCUGGGCCGGCGCCAUCUCCAAGCAAAGGCGAGGCCUCGACCCGACGGCGGGCGGAACACGCAAACGCCCGACGGCGGAGCCACGCCCCUGGUUGUCAGCCUCGCCCUAUCAGCUUUUUCUCUGUUUUCGGAAGAAGCUGAACAGAAACCCGAGAAAGAUGUCAAAGAAGACAGUGCAGAAGACGAAAUAAUUUUUUUGCUGAAAAAAGCAAAGCUCUGCAUCAUGAAAGGAGAGUUGGAAGAAGCUGAGAGGCUCCUGCACGAAGCGGCUCGACUCUCUCACCAGUCUGACAACAAGAACGGCAUCAUCUACACGUAUGACACGAUGGCAAACCUGGCUUUUCUGCGGGGGCAGCUGGAUCACGCAGAAAAACUCUUCAAGGCAGCCAUGAGCCUCUUGCUGGCUGGAAACAUGAAGCAAGACGACAACGCCAUCAUUGAGAUGUCCCUCAAGCUGGCCAGCAUCUACGCUGCUCAGGAUCAAGUACAGUUGGCACUGGCUGGCUAUCAGUUCUGUAUCCUGACCCUGGAAGAGAAAAUUGCUAAGCAGAAGGGCUUGGCCACUGAUGCUUUACCAGCAGAGGAAGAGCAAAUCGACACACAUCUCCUCCUCGGCCUGAGCUUAGACUCCUACGCCCGUUAUCUGCUGGCGCACAAACAGGCAGCUGCGGCCGAGAGACUGUACGAGCGGGCGUUGCAGAUCUCCACGGAGGUUCAAGGGGAGACGCAUCCUCAGACAAUUGUCUUGAUGAAUGACUUGGCGACUGCUAUAGAUGCUCAAGGGCGGUACGAUGAUGCCUACGCUCGUGUGAAGAGAGCGUCGGAUCUGGCUCAACAGACUGAACACCCGGAAACCUACGUCAUACUGAAUAACCUGGCCGGGAUCCUAAUGCACAAAGAGGACUUUUCCCAGGCCAGACAAGUCUACAAAGAAGCUCUGAAGAGGGCAGAGGAAGCCGGAGAGGGCGCUGUUGUUCAACACAUCCGGAAAGAAUUAACUGAACUCGCCAGGAGGCAGAAGCUGGCAAGAUCAGCAGAAAAUUCAAUAAAGAAAGGCGAUGAAGGAGGAAAAGACUGAGAUUUGCUUUGCCCCGUGCAGCAUCUGUGCAUCGGGCAACUGCUGGGUUGUUGUUUUUGGCACGGCAAGAGCUCCGUCGGCACAGGCGGCAGAGCAAAACUGUUAAGGCUCCAGUGCCUUCCCAGCUGAAGGAGAUUUUCGGUAGGUGGAACCAUGGAAAGCCGGACGACGUUUGUGCUGUGCCCCAGGAGGCUCUUCGAAAAGCUUGUACUUGAAAACGAGGCAAGAGGCAAUAGUUCAGAUCUAGUACCAAAUAAAGUUUGAACUUGAAGAAGAAUUGGAUUUA